ACAAGAUAAUUUCUGUCUCUUGUUGGAGGGAUGGAAUUGACAAAAAAAUGGAUGCUAAAUGAAGUAAUCAGAGUUUUGGUGGUGGAUCAUGAUUCUGUAACUCUAAAAGUUGUUUCCAAAAUGCUGGGUGUAUGUGGAUAUCAAGUUGUUACUGCUAAUUGUGCCAUUGGUGCAUUGAACAUAGCACAGGAGAGAGAAGAAGAUCUUCAUCUAAUUUUAACAGAACUCCAUUUGCCUGAUAUGGGCAGAUAUGAGCUCCUAGAGAAGAUGAACCAAACAUCCAAAUUGCCAAUUGUUAUUAUGUCUACGGAUGAUGAUGGUAUCACGAAGUUAGGCUGUCUUUUCAAGGGAGCUCUGCUUUAUCUUGUCAAGCCACUCACCAUAAAGAAUGUAAGAACUCUCUGGCAAUUUUCAUUCAUCAAAGGAAGAGAAAGAACCAUCCUCGUUGAAGUACCGAAUCGAGUUCGAGAAGAAUCGAUCGAUGAGAAUGAAUCGGAGAAUGAUUCCAAGAGAAAUGAGAAGAAGAAAUUCCAAAAGAUCAGUAGUAGAGAGGCAGAAGAAGAUGAGAUUGAUUCAACAGUGGUGAAAAAGCCAAAGCUAAUUUGGAGUGAAGAAUUGCAUAAUAGAUUCUUGCAGGCCAUUAAAGCAUUGGGAAUUGACAAAGCUCAUCCAAAGGAGAUACUUCAUCACAUGAAUGUCCCUGGACUAAGAAAAGAAAAUAUUUCAAGCCAUCUACAGAAGUUUCGUCUCUCAUUAAAACGAGAUCGGGGAAUUUCUAAAACUUCUAUUCUCGGAGAGGAGUCAGUUCAACUUUCAAACCAACAAUAUGGAAGGCAAGUACCCAGUAAUAUUGGUGUUUUCAUGGCUAAGCCUUCAUUUGGUCAAGAAUCUCAGCCUCAACUAAGCAACAAUCUACCUUCAAGUUCUAUCAACUCCAAUCUUUUUGGAAGCCAUGAUGAGGUCAGUUUUGAAAGUCUUAACAAUGGUAAUAUGAACCGUUCUUGUUACGCCAAAGCAAUUUCGAAUGAUUUUAUACAACAACGAUCAUUAGAUCAAAUGAAAUGUCAGAAUUUAUUUGAAUGUAAAAGAGAAGAAAUGAUAAUGUCGACAAUACAUCAACCGCCACAAAUGGAAGAUCGACAUUGUAUGUUUAAGGUUGAUGCAGGGCAACUUGAUGGAAUAUUUGAUAUGGUCAAAGACUAUACUAUAAAUUUGCAUGACAUUUGA